AUGGGCAACCCAAAGAAGGCCACGAGUAAGUCCGGUGCCGGAUCUUCCAGGGACUCCUCACUGAGAAGUAGAAGACGGCGUUUCUCUAGCAGCUCCGAUCUGUGGCCGGAGGUGGCACCUGAGGAAAUGAGUCGACGUGGCAGGCAACUCCGGAAGAGCCUCUCUACCUCUCGAGAUCAGCUUCUGUACUUGCAAGCUCUUUUCCCCUACGCCGCGUAUGACGAGCUGAUGUCGGUGAUCACCAAGACGGACGGGCCGGAUGAGGCGGCCGAGCACGCCUACGAGGCCUUCAACCCCGACUACACCGGCUACCUCUAUUUGAAGGAGCAGACGGAUGUGAUGGGCAACACCAAAUCGACUAAGGCGCAGCGGGCAACGGCGUUUAGUGGUCUGAAGGAGUCGCUGGAGGAGCGCGCCGCCGAUGCGCUCCGUGCUGGCGCCUUCGGCAACUUGUCUCAGCUGCAGGAGUACCACGAGACGGUCGGGCUCUUUGCCAUUGACACGACGGAGUGGGAUCGGGCCAUGCUGCUGCCGGCGCGUAGUUUGGCCGAGAUGGCUUUCAUGGACCUGCCCCUGCGAGAUGAGCCGUCGUCGUCGUCAGCGUCGUCUUGUAGCGAUCACGCGGACGCGAGGACAGACCACGAACAGCACGCGAAACCACGAUUGCUCUCUCUGGCGCUGGAUGAGAGCAACAGCCGCUUCAUGGAUUCGAGCUUUGUGCGACAGCGCACCGGCAGCUGCGACACGGCGGUGUUGUCCCCGGAGCAGCCGCGCGAAAAGCGUGGCGGCAAGCCACGAGACGGCUGCAGAACGCCAAUUGCGAGUGCCGCCACACCUGAGUCGGGGCAGAGGUGCCAGGCUCCACAGGAGCAGGAAGAAACCGGCAUGCUGUAUUUGCAGGACAGCGACCCAGUGUGCAAAGCGCCGAUCAUUGCGUGGGCUCCUGAGGCGAUUCGAGUUGGACCGGCAGAGGCACUCCGGCAGCAGGAAGGUGCGCUGCGCGUGUUUGACGAGGCGACCUUCUUCACGGACCCCCUUCUCGCACAUAAGGGCUUUUCCACGCCGCUCCAGACACCCCUGAAGAGGGUUACGUUUUCUCCCAGCAAAGCCGCCGCUGCGACAGCGCACGGCGCCGACGCACACCGGAGCAAGGCGGCAGCAGAAGCAGCAGAUGUGCCGCCGCUGCUGGCUGUAUCGCCGAAUGUGUCACCGCGGACGGCGGCAGAGCGGCAUGAGCCGGUGGACAGCGCCAGCGAUUCCUUGCCGUUCAUCGGGGACGAUGAAGAAGAGGAAGAGGACGUUGAAUGCGAAGUCGAGGAGAGCGCGGGAAGUGAGGUCUUUGAGAGAGCUGAUGGGAGGCGGAAGGCGGAAAAGAAUUGUGUAGCGGGCAACGGUCGCCGCGGACGCGUCGAAAAGCGCACACCGCCGCCGCCGCUGCUGGAGCUGCGCGACGUCACAUCGAAUGCUGUCUUCUCUGAAUUCAGCAGAAAGACAGAAGACGGUGACGUGCGAGGGUCUGCGGUGGAGCACCAACCAGAUUGCACCGCGACAAGUCACAGCGACGUCUCGAUGCGCUUGGCGCGGCAAGUGAGUCUGCGCGAAACAACGGUGGAAACACUGAAGACACGCAAACGCCGCCCGCUCACCUCCUCCGAGAAGAUUAAGCAGCGAAUGCGCACGCUCAAGCCGGUCGGCAAUUUGGUCUUCCGCGAAAACCCCGAAUCUUCGCCGACCGUCGCGACCGCUGAAAACGUGUUUGGUGAAGAUGAUGGUCGACACACACCGGCUGCUUCGCACUCUACUCGCAUGACGGCGACCACGCUGGAGAACGCGCUAUACACGGAGGGGGACAUUUACGCGGACCGUCCCCGCAACGAAGGAGCCCCGCCCGUUCCUGGGAGCGGCUCGCAGGUACUUGGGUCCGCCGCCGCCGACGCCGCCACGGCAACCGCGGCAGCCGGGCCGUCGAGCUCUUCCCCCGGUGAACACCGAGAUCGCGUUUACGGACAAGUCGUCACGAUCCCUGCGGCGCAUGCCGGCUGCUCCAGCCUCGACCCGGCCGCCUAUUUGAACUCGGAAGAGGAGCGGUGGAGCGGCAUUGUGGAGGUGCUAAAACCGUUUGAGGAGGUCUUUGGGUCCAAGUUCCGCUGCGAGCUCGUGCGGUGCGUGCACGACGACUGCCCUGUCAUUCGCCCCUGCCUGACCGAGUUAUUGCAGCGGCUGUUGCACGUAGUGGGCAUGGCGGUUCUCGGCGUGAGGGUGGCAGAGGGCUUUGCAGAGGAGCCGAUGGACCUGCCCCUCUUCGGCUCCAUUCUCCUCUCCACCUCGCCGGUGAAGCUACACGAGCUCGUCUUUCGGGAGGAGAAGUGCAAGUUGAUUUUCUGCGAUGAGGGCACCCGACUGCAGGUGAAGCUGAACGUGAAGAAGGUGAAGCUGGAACCGAUUCAGUUCGCCUACAUCGACGAGGCCGCCGCCGCCCGGCAAAACCGCGAAGCGGAGCAGGCGCGCCGCAAGAUGCCGCAGCCCCGGUCCAACGCGGCGGCCUGGACACUGCGGCACAACACCCAGGAAAAGUACGAACACGGCGUCACACGCGGCACCGCGACCAUCAGCGCCGCAAAUGUGAAGCUGAAGGGGAUUGUGUACGUUUGGUUGACGGCGUCCGGCAAGGUGCAUGUGGCCUUUCAAGAGGCGAAGGUGUCCGUUGGCUCCUUUCACGUGUCGACGGACGUGUCGAAGCUAAACUUUCUCUUCACUGUCGGUUCCCCCUUGUUGAGGCUGUUUGUCGAGCGCGUGCUGCUGGACGCCGUGAAGGGUAUGCACACGUUUUGA